AUGCUUGGUGACAAAAAGGAGUGCCAGAAGAUCAUCCGUCUGACAUCUCUCAGCGAGAAGACGAACGUGGCGCAGCUGGCGCAGGAGGUGGUGGCGCGCUGUACCUCCGACUCGGGCGCGGCCGACUCUGCGCCCUCCUCGCCGGAGCCGGCCGUGCCCGCCUGCCUGACUGAGGUCGAUGCGUAUGUGGAGCUGCUGUACGAAGAGGUGGCUGAGAAGGAGCGCGGCUCGCGCAUGCUGCUCCAGCUGGCGCGCAACCCGGAUAACCUGGACGAACUGGUCAACAAUGAGGCCAUGAUUGGUGCCUUGUCGCGAACGCUGCGGGAGGAGUGGAAGAAGUCCACCGUGCUCGCCACCAACAUCGUCUACAUCUUCUUCUGCAUGUCCACCUUCUCCCAGUUCCACGGCAUUGUCGUCAAGCAGAAGAUGGGCUCGCUCUGCAUGGACAUGGUGGACCACGAGCUGAAGCGACACGCCCAGUGGCGGGAGGACCUGGCGCGCCGCAAGCGCGCCGGCCCCGAGCAGGAGUACCAGCAGGCGCGCCGCACCAUGGCCGGCCUGGUCAGGCGACAGAACCAGCUGCUCAGAGUGUGCCUGUAUCUGCUGCUGAACCUGGCCGAGGACGUCAAGACGGAGGAGAAGAUGCGGAAAAAGGGAAUCGUGCCGCUGCUGGUGCGCUGCCUGGACCGCGACAGUGCCGACCUCCUCCUGCUGGUCGUCACCUUCCUCAAGAAGCUGUCCAUCUACGUCGAGAACAAGGACGAUAUGCUGGAGCUGGCCGUGGCCGAGAAGCUGUCGCCGCUGGUGCCGCACGACAACGCCGACCUGCUCAACAUCACCGUCCGCUUGCUGCUGAACCUGUCGUUCGACGCCGGACACCGCGCCCGUAUGGUCAACGUCGGCCUGCUGCCCAAGCUGGUGAACCUGAUCCCGUCGCCUCGGCAGCGGUCGGCCGCCAUCGCCGUGCUGUACCACCUGUCGAUGGAUGACAAGGUCAAGUCGAUGUUCGCCUACACCGACUGUGUGCCACUCUGCAUGAAGCUGAUCCUGGAGUGGCCCGAGCCCAAAGCCGGCCUGGAGCUGAUGGCGCUCUGUAUCAACCUGACGGCGAACAAACGGAACGCCGAGCUGGUGUGCGAGGCCGACGGCCUGGCGCUGCUGGUGGCACGCGCCUUCCAACACACCGAUCCGCUGCUCAUGAAGAUGAUCCGCAAUAUUAGCCAGCACGAUGGCCAAACCAAGGUGCUCUUCCUGGAGUUCCUGGGCGAGUUUGCCGAGACGCUGCACUCCUGCAAGGACGAGGAGUUUGUGGUGGAGGCGGUGGGCGUGCUCGGCAACCUGUCCAUUCCCAACCUGGACUUCGACAGGCUCUUCCGCCAGUUCAGCCUGGUCGGCUGGAUCAAGACCAAGCUUGAGUCGGGCACCUGCGAGGACGACCUGCUGCUGGAGGUGGUGGUGCUGAUGGGGACGGCGUGCGCCGACGAGGCGUGCGCCCUGCUGCUGGCCGACGCCGGCCUGCUGACCCCGCUGGUCGACCUGCUCAACGCCAAGCAGGAGGACGACGAGAUGGUGCUGCAGAUCAUCUACGUGUUUCAUCAGCUGACGUCGCACGGCGCCACCCGGGACCGCAUCGUGCAGGACACGCACGCCCCAGCCUACCUGGUCGAUCUGCUGCACGACAAGAACGCCCAGAUCCGACGCGUGUGUGACGCAACGCUGGACAUGAUCGCGGAGUCGGACAGCGAGUGGGCGACGCGCAUCCGGCUGGAGAAGUUCCGCUGGCACAACUCGCAAUGGCUGGACAUGGUGGAGACGCAGCCGGCCGACGACGUGACCACCUACGACUCCGACAUCGUGCCCUUCCUGCACGAGCGGGACGUGCUGUACCAGUCCGAUACGUCCUCCGAGGUGCUGCUGGAGGAUGAGAAGAUCGGCCGGGUUAGGUUCGACGUGCUGGAGUAGGCCACCGCCGCAGGGGGACGACCACGGCCGGCGGCGGUGCCAGGGCCGACCGGUCGCCGCCGCCCGCCGCAGCGAGACGGC